AUGUGGCAGGGUCUCAAGAAAUCGGUAGUUCCGAUAUACAACAGCAAACUUCAGUCGGUUAAAAACAAGCCAGAUUGGAAUUCUCUUCUGAAGUUCAUCUUCGUUUACGACAUCCCCAGCGAUGUUGGUCUCGGCAGGGAGGCCUUCAUAACCAGCAAGUGUCCUGUCUCAUCCUGCUACAUUACCAACAAUCCCAUGCUACGGAGAGUAUCUCACAUCUUCUUCCUCCAAGAUACAAUGCAAGUUCCAGCCAGGAAGCCCAAAGGUCAAAUUUGGCUGAGUAGGAUUCUUGAAUCUCCGAUCAACUCGUUCGUGCCUAGUGGGGUAAAAACUUAUUUAAACUGGACUGCAACUUAUAGAUGGGAUUCUACCAUUGUCACUCCAUACGCCAAAUUCGUCAGCAAUUCUGAUAUCAAAAACUCCGCCAGAAAUCACACACUCAUCAAGAAAAGGCAUUUGGUAGCAUGGUUCGCCUCGAACUGCAUGACAGAUAACGACAGGUAUGGCUACGUAAAUGAGUUGAAGCAAUACAUUCCUGUAGACGUGUAUGGCCAGUGUGGCGACCUACACUGCUCCAGAAGCGACGAGAAAAGUUGCUUCCAAAUCCUCUCAGAUAAAUACAAAUUUUAUCUAUCAUUCGAGAACUCCAACUGUGAUUAUUACAUCACCGAGAAGUUAUUUCUCAAUGCCUUGUCGAACAACGUAGUGCCAGUAGUGAUGGGAGCCAGGAAAGAGGAUUACCUGAAAUCCGCACCUCCCAAUUCCUUCAUAUCCGUCGAGGACUUCCCCGACGCCAAAUCCCUAGCCAACUACCUCCUCUACCUGGAUGGAAAUGAAGAGAUGUACAACAAAUAUCUGGCCUGGAAAGGCAGUGGUCAGUUUAUCAACACGAAGUUUUGGUGCAGAGUUUGCGCGCUAGUCCAAGAUGACGACCGCCCGAACAUGUGGUAUGAGGGGUUUUCCGAUUGGUGGUCGCACCCGGGGGCUUGCAGACAGGGCAGGUGGGAGGAAAAGGGAGAGAGUGGAGUGGUGUCCUGA